GAGAUUUCACUUAAAAUGGCUCUCAGUUUCUGUGCAACUAGCCUGAAGUGUCUGGGCUGCACGGCCCGGGAUGACUUUAGCAGGCGGUACGAGUGCAGCGUGUGCGGGUCGAAAGUCAUGUACUGCGGCAACUGCUUCGACAAAGGCCUCAACCGCCCCACACAGAAACACAAGUACUAUCACCCCAUGAAGAUCAUCUACGAUGGUCGUUUCUUCGACCUAGUCUUUACGGGCAAGAUGUCACUAAAUGCCAACGCUCCGCAGUGCUUCAAGUGCCCCUUCUGUGACAAGAUGGACUUCACCCCCGAGGAGCUCCAGUCGCAUGUAAUUGAGAAUCACGAAGGGCACCCAGAUGGGCCAGAUUUUCUGGGUAUUCUGGAGAGGAUGAUCCAAGGGGAACUCAUGACAACUGCAGAAGAAAUAGAAAACAAAAUGGCCACAGAGAUUCGCUGCCAAGAGAAGUCCCGCGGAGGCCUAAGCUAUGAGGUCAUCCUUGCCGAGCCGGCACCCAAUGUGGCCGUCCCCAAGCGGCCGGUCACCCCCGGCAAGAACGUUAGCGUAGAGGAGAUAGAGCAGAAACUAAAGGCGGCAGAGGAACGUCGCAUCUCUCUAGAAGCAAAGAAGAUGGCUGAUAUUUCGAACAAGCUGGCAAAGGUUGAGGAGGCCACUCGCAAAAAGGACGAAAUCACCAAUGAGUUUAUAACUCAGACGAAGGAGCAGCUGGAGUCGAAAAUGGAGCUGCACGUAGAGAAGCGAGAGGCAAUCAUCAGUGACAUGAAGGAGAAGCUAAAGAUUCAUGCGCAAGAGAUCGAAAAGACCCGGGAAACUCUUGAGCAGCAGAAGGCCAACGAGCAGAAGGCAAUUGAGGAAAAAUUGAAGAUUGCCCAGUCUUUGCGCGACGAGAAUAUCAAGAAAAUGUUGGAUCGCCUUAAGGAGCAUAACACAGUCAAAAUUGCCGAAAUCAAAUCGCAGAACGAUCAAUUGGAAUGUCAAAAGCUCGAGGAGAAGGCUCGCAUUUAUGAAAACAAAUUGUUCGCUGCCGAGCAGAACCGCGAAAAGGAAUUGCAAAAAAAAAUUGAAAAAGUUCAAAAACUUGAGCGCCGUGCAGAGAUAGUGCGCCAAAACAAGGCCCACUCUCAGGACCUAGAUGGUCAGCAGAGCCCCAUUGCCUCUUCCGGCUAGAGGGGCAGACCUUGCUUCGAGAGCUGUGCUCACUCACCGCAAACCAGGCGACUAUAAAAAGAACAGCAACACUGCAUAAUACACCAACACAUAUUUAAGCAGGAAAACACUUAAAACUCAAAGAAAUUUCUUCAAAAUUUUCAAGUAUUAUGAAAGCAAACGAAAAGGCAUGAGGAAAAACUCAAGAUACCGCUGAGCGAGUUGAGCCACAUAGCAACCAAACAUUUACUCAAGAGCUCUACUAAUAAGACACUACCACAAAAAGCUACGACAAAGCGAAAAGAAAUGAAUGCUUACAGCAAAUUUAUCCAAAAACAUUAGUAACGGAAAUCUACACUUAAACUUAAACGCCCAGACAGAAGAGCCCUUAAAAAUGCGCGUCGUUUCAGUUCUAAAUAGUUUAGUUUUGGAUCAAUUAUUUUGAAUGUUUUAGUGUUUUGUUGAAGUUUUCCUUAAAUUGCUGUGGCAUCCGACUGAGGUUUACUCAAAAUAAUAUAAGCACGCUGUAUUUUCACCUAUUAAUGGCUUCUGCGAGUAUAAUUUUAAAAAGUUUGUUUAAUUUAAAUAAAUAUAUGAGUUAUUAAUGUACUAACUUGCAAAAAAAUAUAUAUACAUGCUGAAUAUAGUUUGAUACUAAUGAGUACAGUUUAAGUUUUGCAUUUUCUAUAUAUAAAAUAAAUGUCUAACAGAAAAAAUACAUACGAAAUGCUUAUAAAAUUCAAUAAAAAUCAAAUAUCUUGUAAGUCACACGAAACGCAUUUUGGUUUUAUUUACAAACAACACGAACACCAUAAAAGCAGAUAUAGACAUUAACAUAAUUAAAAACACUACAUAUAGGCAUACAAAAAUGUGUGUAAUAUUAUAUGGAAAUGAAUAUUUUGUCUAACGUCGAGUUAUUUUUAGAAAUGGGUCUAAGAGGAGUGAAGGGGGGUUAUAAUAAAAAGUAUUUAGGGCAAAUCAAAUGGAAUAUUUAGGAAAAUUUUUUCCAAACCUGCGAGUUUUUUUUAAUUUUGCACCAAAUGGCGCUUGAAGGAUUAGCUUAAAUUUAAAAUCAUAUACCGUUAUAUAUGUGUACUCGUGUAAAACUAUGGCUUCUACAAACAAAUAUCAAUAACAUAAAACUCUUAACAAAAGUGCAUUGGCAAAACAACUACACGCACAGACCUCCAAGUUACUCAGACACGAACAUUUCCAAGCGAUCCCAAGAAAACUAACUUAAAAACAAACAAGCAUCAAUACAAUUGACAAAAAUGCUCUGAUAUUAACUCAAUUAAUGAUAUAUGAAUGUCUAAUCAAAUGCAAAAUGCAGCCGAACAAAUCUUUCUAGUAUAAACAAUCCAAUGAGAAAAUGGCCAUUAUUGAGUCAAUAUUCUCAACACAAACCAAAUGUACGAUCGCUUACGAACACACUUUUUCUAUGUUCACGCGUAAAUUAAGUUCAUAAAGCCAUAAAUAAAUGACCAUAUGCGAGCAAAUUACUUAUAACAAUUGUAUAAUAAAACAGCAUAAAACAAA